AUGGAUGCUAUAAAAUUGAAAAAUAUCAUAUAUAAAUUUUUAGAGAAUGAAAAUCAAUUAGAUUUAAAUUACGAUAUUAAUGAUGAUCCAACAUACUUUGAGGAGAUAAAAGGGAGUUCAAAAAAAAAUUCAAGUAAUAUAUAUAGACCACGUAAUUAUGAAUUAAAUAGAACAUUAGAAAAAAUUAAAGGAUUCUUAGAUGUAGAAAUGUCAUCUAAAUACGAACUUUUCUGUUUCUUUUGUAAAUAUUAUUAUAAUAAAGAAUUUUUGGGAGAAAGAAAAAAAGAAAUAAGGGAUAACGAAGUAGUAUUGGGGGAAUAUACUUUUAAAACUUAUGAAGAAAUAAAAAAUGAGGUAGAAAUAUUUGCAUCAGCUCUUUAUCAAUUUGAAGAAAUUGAAUAUAAUAUUUUUGAUGAUAAUGGAAUACAUAAUAAAUUAAAAAUAUUAGGAAUAUGGUCAAAAAAUAGAAUAGAAUGGUUUACUACUGAUAUGGCAUGUUCUGCUAUUGAUUUUGUAACUGUUCCAAUUUAUGAUACUAUGGGAAUAAAUUCAGUUAUACAUAUUUUUAAAAUAACAAAAAUGAGAAUAUGUUGUAUUGAAGCAGAAAAAUUGGAGUGCUUAAUAAAAAUAAAAGAUGAAUUAGAGAACCUAAACAUUUUAAUUAUUUAUGAUGAAUGGAGCUUAAAAGAAGACUUAAAAAAAAAAGCUAAUGAAGCAGGAUAUAAAGUAUAUUUUUAUAAAGAUCUAAUUGAUAAUUAUAAAAAUAAAAAUAUUAUUCCUCAAUAUUAUCAUUAUGAUAAAACGUUCUCAAAUGGACAUAAUAGAAAUAGUAGUAACGAAAAAAACAAUAGUGAUGAUAAUAAAUUAUCGACAAAUAAUAAGGAUGAUUUCAAUUGUGAAAAUAAUUAUGUAAAUAAUAUCAGUGAAAAAAAAAAUAAGAUAAGAAAAAUGUCUAAUGAAAAUGAGGAAAAGGAAAAAAUGAAUGAUAAAAAUGAUGAAGAAAAUAUUAUUGAAAAUAAUCGGGAAGAUAUUAAUGAAAAAAAUAAUAAUAUUUCAAAAAACAAUAUGGAGGAAAUAGAUGAAAAUUUAGUAAAUAAUAUUAAAAAAAAUAAAAAUAAUUUAAAUAAUGUGUGUACAAUAAUUUUUACAUCUGGUUCAUCAGGUACUCCUAAGGGUGCUAUGAUAACACAUUACAAUUUUAUUACAUUUAUACAAAGUUAUUUAAUUGAUUGUAAUAGAUUAGGUUUAAAGAAAUAUGAUAUUAUUUUUAGUUAUCUUCCUUUAGCACAUGUAUAUGAACGUUUUAUUGAAUUCGCUGUUUGUUUUUUUGGUGCAAAAAUUGGAUAUUUUUCUGGUAAUGUGAAAGAGUUAUUAAAUGACAUGAAUGAAUUGAAACCAACAUUUUUAAUAACUGUUCCUAGAAUUUUACAAAAAUUUCAUGAUAAUAUUAUGGAAGGUUUAAAAAAUAAAUCUUUUGUUACAAGAAUGCUAGUAAAGACAGCAAUAAAAAAUAAGAAAAAUAUUUACUUAAAAAAUUCCAAGAAAUUUCAUCAUAAAGUUUAUGAUUUAAUUUUACAACCAAUUAGAAAUAAAUUUGGGGGAAAUAUAAGAACACAAGUAAUGGGUUCAUCGUCAAUGGAUAGAAAUAAACUGAUUGAUUUGCAAAUGAUUUUUUCAUCUCCUAUAACAGAAGGAUGGGGAAUGACUGAAGUGGGUAUUAGUUUUUUACAAAAUCGAUUUGACAAGACAAAAGGAACAAUUGGGGGUCCUUUUUCUAAUGUUGUAUUUAAAGUAGUUAAAGUUGAGAAUAUGAAAUAUAACCCGAAAGAAUAUCCUAAUAAAGGUGAGUUAUGUAUUAAUGGUAGUAGUAUUAUGGCUGGCUAUUUUAGAAAUGAAGAACUUAAUAAAAAAUCAUUUGAUGAAGAUGGAUUUUUUUUUACUGGUGAUGUUGUAGAAGUAAGUGAAAAAAAUGAGUAUGUUAGAAUUAUUGAUAGAGCUAAAAAUAUCUUUAAAUUAGCACAAGGAGAAUAUAUAGAACCAGAGAAAUUGGAAAAUAUAUAUUCGAAUAGUUUUUAUAUUGAUAACAUAUUUGUUCAUGGAUAUAGUUAUGAAAAUGAAUUAGUUUCUAUUAUUGUUCCUAAUGAGAGUAGUGUCCUUGAUUAUGCUAAAAAAAAUAACUUGAAUUUACCAUAUGAAGAAUUACUAAAAUCUGAUGCUAUUCAUAAACUUUUUUUUGAAGAACUCUUAAAUAUUUCUAAAGUUAAUAAUCUAAAUGGAAUUGAAAAAAUUCGUUUGUUUCAUUUAACGCAUAUUCCUUUUUCUAUAUAUAACAAGCAACUUACUCCAACACAUAAAAUUGUUAGAAAUGUUAUUCUAAAGGAUUAUGAAACUAUUAUAAAUGAUCUAUAUGAAAACAGAAAAAAAUAA